GUCACGACUACGUUGCUGGUCUUGGGGGUGGUGUUGACAAUUUUUAGACUUGCCUAUCGUAUAUGGCUGAGAAGGUUUGGGUUCGAAGAUGCUUGGGCAGGUGUUGCGCUUCUAUGCGGGAUAGCCGUGUUGAUUUCUACCUGGAUUUACGUUGAAGCAGUGGGUGAAGAAGAAAUUAUAUCGUUCUGGAUAUAUUCGAUUUCUUUCCCCUCCGUCGUGUGGGCUGUCCGGCAAAGUAUCUUGUUCUCCAUCCUUCGCAUUGUGUACACAACGCAAUACAUCCGUCGCAUCAUACUGGGUCUUGCAGUUCUCUUCCUCGGUUUGUGGGUAGGACUUAUUGCACAAAAAGUGUUUCAGUAUAGGCACAACAUCUCUUGCUAUCAAGCAACUGGAAAGGCGCAUGCACUCAUGACGCGACCCAUGCACGUGUUUGAACUGUUGACUGAUUGCUUAUCCGACACCAUACUGAUUAUUUUGCCAUUGCGCUUGCUCUGGAGUCUCAAACUGCCAAAAAGACAGAAAAGGAUGAUCUUCGCCAUAUUCUCCUCCAACGUCAUCGUCACCAUCAUAUCCAUCUUUCGGGGAAUCUGUCAGAUACUGAAAUACACUACCGUUAUUGCCACGACGACAGACUUUGAGACAGCCUUGUCGCUUCUUGUUUGCAACCUUCUUGUCGUAGUUACUUUCCUGUACCGCAGAUUUGGUUUCACAGGUGCGGACGACUCAGUCUCCAUCGAUGUCGAUGACGAUGAUUACACGACGCGAACCACUGCGGGUGGGGUUUUUACUACUGUCGACUUGGACAAUGCCAAUUCAGGAAGUGAUGAGCAGAGAAGUUCCAGGAUUCGAUCUACAUUCCAAGGCGAGAAGACUGUUGAUACUGUUUAA